CGGGCGAGACUCCCCCAGCGGUGUCCAACCGCCUCGCUCGGACGGCUCCAAUGAGUCAGUUUUUUCUGAUGAAGGGGACGCGGUACUUCGCGAAGCCGAGAUGCCGGGAGGGGAACGCGAUCCGCCCACAAGGGGCGGCCCCGCUACCGGGUAUUUACCAUCUGUUGUUGCUGCUCCCAGUUCCCCAGCUUCCGUUUGCGACACCUCGGUUCCCACUGCUCCCCUGGAUCCCGAGCAACGCAUUACCGCCUCCAUUCACCGCAUCGUCGAGAAGCAAAAACUAAUCACAGACUUGAUCUUCCACGCCUCCUCCAAAGUGCCAAAUGCUCAAUGCUCGCAAAUCGUAUCCUGGCUUGCCGAGAUUUUACAGGAAUGCUCUGACGUUCGAGCGAUUGCAGCCCAUCAGGCGGGUCGCGUUCAAGAGUUGCGGGACCAGCUGCAACAGGCGGGGCGCCUUGCUGGCGAUACGCUGGCGGCUCCACCGCGUCCUCCCUGUCAGCCCAGGACGUACGCAGAUGCGGCGCACCUUGGUGUGCAGGCCGCUUCACCCACGACCCGGCCGCUCCCAAUCAGGACCCCUGCAGAUGUUCAACCAACGGUCCCGGACCUGCCGAUACUUCCUUCACGGCCCGCUACAGUCAGGCGAGAGCACGAAUUUAUCCUGUUCCUCACCCCUGUCGUUCCUUCCGCCUCGCCGGCGCGCGAUGUCGUAGCCCUUCUCAAGGCGAACAUAGACCCAAUAACGGAGGGAAUCGGUGACGUCUCCAUGCGCCAUACACGAUACGGCAUCACAAUCUUUACUAACGAGCGUGACUCUUUCGACCAUCUCAAGGCUGCAAUUGAAAGGAACCCGAUCACGCGUACCGCGAUUUCCAUAAAGGUUGCCCAAAAACGACAACCUGAUAUUCGGCUCUCUGGUGUUGAUCCCGACGUACCAGCUCAUGCCCUCCUCGCUGCUAUCAAUGCACGCAACCCAUCCAUCCAACUCGAUCCUGAUACCUGUAAAAUACGCGUCUCUUUCCGGGAACGAUCCGGAAACUUCACCCAUGUCCUUGCCGUCGAUGCAGCGUCCUUCCGCUCCCUUACUGCCCUCGGCCGUCUGAUCAUAGGCUGGACUUCGGUGACGGUACGAGAAGACCUACAUGUCCCCACCUGCACCUACUGCUCAACGUACGGACACUCCAAACGCGCUUGUCCCCAUAAGUCGGACCCUUCGCGGAUGGUGUGCACGAAAUGUGCUGAGGCGCAUUCAGCAGAAACGUGCCCAGUGCGUAUGGGGGACGCUGCGGUAUCGUGCGCCGAGUGCCGGCGGGUAGCAAGGCCGUCGUCACAUCCCACAGGCGAUGCGACUUGCCCUGUGCUGCUUGAACGCAUCGCGCGUAUGCGCAUGCGCACAGAUUAUGGAUAAAAUACCAUGCACCUCCUACUCCUGUCCCCUGGGGGCUGCGCGAUGGCUCUGGCCAUUUCUACUCCCUGCCUUCAGAUACACUGGUACCCUUUCAAUACCUCGGCUUCUGGACUUACCGCUUAUGUCAGUUUGCCACUGUGCAGCCCCUUUCUCGGGAGGGCGGGUGCUUGCGCCCCUCUCUUCUCCUCAAUCCUUGUUCCCGUUUGGUUGCACCCCUUGUGCCCCGCUUCGGUCUAGUGGUCUGCUUCUCUCUCUUUUCUUCCUUCCUAUCUUCUAUCUCUCUUCCCUCACUCUUCUCUUCUUCUCUCUUACCUUCUGCCUCCCCUUAACUUCGCGCAUUCUGCCUUUCUUUAUUUCUGUUUCCCGCGAUGGUAUACUCAUCUUAACGUUCUCUUCCCCUUUCUUUUCUAUCCUCCACCAUGGCCCAUUCCAUACCCAUUAACUUUUUACAGGCUAAUCUGGCACAUUCCCGACAACCCACAUUAUUUUUGUCGGACUUUAUCCAGCAACAUCACAUUGAUUUCGUCAUCAUUUCCGAACCUUAUACACGAGGCAACUCUCUUCCGCACCUCCCUCACACGCACUUCACUUUCGCUUCACCAAUCAGUCCCCGUGUUGCUCUUUUAGCCCCUAAACAUACCUAUGAUCUCUUCCUCGUCCAUUCCGACCCUCUAUAUGUCAUAGUUUCCUGUGUUGCCCCUUCAGUCUCUUUCGUCAUCUUCGCCGUUUACGCUCCCCCUCACGAACCCCUGGAACCCCUUUUUGAUGCCCUACAAGCUCACCUGUCCUCUCU